AUGGAGUCACAGAAUCUAACAGUUGUCUCGGAAUUUCUUCUUAUGGGCCUUUCUGAGGAUCCAGAACUGAAGACCCUACUCUUUGGACUGUUCCUGUCCAUGUACCUGAUCACUGUAACUGGGAACUUGCUCAUCAUCCUGGCUGUCAGCUCUGAUCCCCACCUCCACACCCCCAUGUACUUCUUCCUCUUCAACUUGUCCUUGGCUGACAUUGGUUUCAUCUCCACCACAGUCCCAAAAAUGCUGGUGAACCUCCAAACGCACAAUAAAUCCAUCACCUAUGUGGGCUGCCUAUCACAAAUAUCUUUUUUAUAUAUGCUUGCAUGUCUGGAUAGUCUGUUUCUCACUGUGAUGGCUUAUGACCGGUUUGUGGCCAUCUGUCAACCCCUCCACUACACAAUUAUCAUGACCCCUCGACUCUGUUGCUUGCUACUUUUGGUAUCUUUUCUUAUCAGUCUUCUGGAUUCCCAGCUGCACAUUUCAAUGGUGUCAAAACUUACCUUCUGCUCAGAUGUGGAAGUCCUUAGUUUCUUCUGUGACCCUCCACAACUCCUCAACAUUGCAUGUUCUGACACUGCCACAAAUAUCAUACUCUUGUAUAUCUUUGCUGCUAUCUUUGGUUGCAUUCCAGUCUCAGGGAUCCUUUUCUCUUAUACUCAGAUAGUUUCCUCUAUUCUGAGAGUGUCAUCUUCAGGUGGAAGAUAUAAAGCCUUUUCCACCUGUAGCUCUCACCUGUCAGUUGUUUUCUUAUUUUAUGGAACUGGACUUGGAGCGUAUCUCAGUUCAACUGUCUCAUCUUCUGCCAGGAAGAGUGCGGUGGCUUCAAUAAUGUAUACUGUAGUGACCCCCAUGCUGAACCCCUACAUCUACAGCCUGAGGAACAGGGACAUUAAGAGAGCCCUGGAGAGGCUCUUCUGUAGGACAGUCUAA